AUGAAAAACGGAGAGAAAACCUCUGCGUUUCCUUUGAAUAGUUAUGAAGUGCAUCCAAGAACAAUACCUAGUCGUGUAUUCAUGUUAAUCUAUGUAUGUGGAAUCAUAGCUCUACUUUAUCAUCAUCUAACCAGUCUCAGAAUCCAUGUAGAUUUAUUACCAUCAAUCCUUCUGUUAAUUGCUGAUUUAGUUCUAUCCUUCAUGUGGGUUGCAUGUCAAGCUUUUCGAUGGUGUCCAGUUCGUAGAAAAGUUUAUCCAGAGAAUCUGUCAAAAGUCGUAGAUGAAGAUGAUCUCCCAACUUUAGAUGUUUUUAUUUGUACUGCUGAUCCAUAUAAAGAACCUCCUAUGGAAGUCGUGAAUACUGCGUUAUCUGUUUUAGCAUUUGAUUAUCCCUCAAAUAAGAUAUCUGUUUAUGUUUCUGAUGAUGGAGGAUCUCAAAUGACUCUUUUUGCAUUGAUUCAAGGAUCAAAGUUUGCCAGAGAAUGGUUACCAUUUUGUAAAAAGCGUAAUCUCAGUAAGAGAUGUCCUAAAGUGGUUUUCAACCAGCAUGAUUCUGAUGCUGAUCAGCUUAGAUCAUGUAUCCCUCAAGAGGAGUUUCUGAAUAUGAAGAUUUUAUACGAGGAAAUGAGAACAAAGGUAGAGCAUGUUAUGGAACAAGGAUGUGUAGACGAUGAUAUGCUCGUUAAUGAAGAAGAGCGUCAAGUUUUCAGUAAAUGGAAAGUAAAUGGAUUUACUCGUCAAGAUCAUCCUACAAUCAUUCAGAUGCUCCUGGAAAGCCUCAGGGAUGUUGAUGUCUCAGGGACAUCUCUACCUAAUUUUAUCUACCUUUCUCGACAAAAAAGUAAACAUAUUCACCACAAUUACAAAGCGGGCGCUCUGAAUGCAUUGAUACGUGCAUCGGCGAUAAUGACUAGCGCACCAAUUGUUCUCUGCAUUGACUGUGACAUGUACUGUAAUAAUCCUCAAGCUCCACGUCUAGCACUAUGCCAUCUACUAGACCCCAUCGAAGGCUCAAAAAUUGCUUUUGUUCAAUUUCCUCCACGCUUCAGAGGGAUUAAUCCAAGUGACAUAUAUAAUAGUGAGUUCACAAGGCCGUAUAUAAUAAAUCCUGAAGGGUUAGACGGGAUUGGUGCUGUCAAUUGUGUUGGCAGCGGUCCCUUCGUUAACCGAAAAGCACUUUAUGGUGCCCCAACUCAAUCGAAAGUAAACAUAUUCCCCGGAUUCAACGGUGAUCGCGAAGGUGCUUUGGAUAGAAUAACAAUGAGUAGUUCAAAACUAAUUUUGGAAGCAGCUAGUAGAGUUGCAGAUUGCAAUUAUGAACAAGGAACAAAUUGGGGAUUAACUUUGGGUUUCAGAUAUGGAUCCAUGGUUGAGGAUUUUUUAACAGGCUUUCGGAUGCAAUGUGAAGGAUGGCGAUCAGUAUUUUGCAAUCCGACAACUCCAGCAUUUCUCGGAGAUUUCCCAAUCAGCUUAAAUGAUUCUAUUGCCCAUUCACAUUUGGUACAAAAAACCAUUCUCUACUUAUGGGUAUGGCGUAUGGUUUCUAUGCAAUUUGGCCUUUGUGGGCAAUCCCUAUGA